UCUUUGCUCGUCUUUCAAAUGAUGGAGAGCUCUACUCCGCCUGUGGUGCAAUGUAUGGUGUUUUCCUAUUUUUCAACUCUUUCGUUUCAAUUAUUUUUUACUUACUGGUAUGCUCAUUGUAUUAUUGAUGACAGUUUAAACAUUGCUCAGGCAGCCUUCGAAUCCGAUUGGUACACAUACGAGAAGGACGUCCAAAUGUAUUAUAUUUUGAUUAUUGCCAGAGCCCAAAAGCCACUGUCUCUAUCUAUUGGACCAAUUUACAAAAUGAAAGUGGACGCUUUGCUAAGCAUUUUCAAAGCGAUAUAUUCAUACGUCGCACUCAUACAACGGAACUAAUGGAUUUUGGUGUUCCAUUAAAUUUUACGUCACUGUCAAAUUUGUAGAAUACUAAGUAGAUUACAAAUGUUCUAUGCAAAAAUGUUAUUAGAUAAUGAACUUAAUAAUGUAAGCACUUAUACUAAUUUAAUGUUGAUUAAUAUGAAACUUUUACGUAAAUAUGACAAUGUAUUGUUUAGUAUGGAA